UGGGAUCAGUACACGGUAUGGGAUAAACCCUCUGUAGCUGUCGAGCUUGGUGAGGUACAUUUCCUCAGGCAAUCCACCGGUACAAAAACUGCUCUCGAUAUAUUUAGAAGGCCAAUGCUCUCAUUGAAGCUCUUCAUAAUGACGACAGCCUGAAUGUGCUUCUAGCCGAGUCGUUCUCUGCUGAAAAUUGGAAGCCGGAGCGGCGCUGAGCUUUUCCCGAGGAUGAAACCCACCCGCAGCUACCGGACUCGAGUAUGUUGCUAGUGAACAUGUUUUCCGCUCCCCGCCGACGUCUUGGAGUAGCGCUGUUUCUCCUGGUCGUUGUUCAGGCGUUACAUGACGCCGACGGACAAUCAACAGGUUGUCUGAAUGAAACUUACUCCUUCUCUGACCCUCUCUCACCCGUCCGUUAUUCUUCAAUCCUGAAAGUCGUUACAGCAAAAGAAAACCUUGCUGUUAUUUUUAACCAAGCUAAUCCCAGUGGCCCAGCAGUGGAUCAUACUACAAUGACAGAAGAUGGUCAGUUUCUUGCUUUCCAACAACUACUGUGCCGAUUGAACAAUCAGACAUCUGGUACUGCAACCACUGCAACCACUCCACAGCUCUGCCCAACAUCACGCCAAUCAUCUGUUAGAUGUAGCAUGACAUACUAUUACAACCUUCAUGGGAUCUAUGCUGGAGGACUCUAUGUUGGCACCCGGUCUAACGGGACUAUUGAUUCUUUUAGUGGAGACCAAGGCCAUGGUCGGAAUUGGACAGAGUCUACCAUACAGGUAGAUUUCCCACCAGGGACACCAACUAAGUUUGUGUUCAAUUUCACGUGCAAUCCAAAUCCUGUGAUGGACCCACUGGUUUUCAGCCAGGUCACCCAAGGCAUAGUGGCAAUUGACGAUAUAACGGUCACGUGUGCUUGUUCCGGUGGAGACUUACAGUCCUGCAACAUGCCUACAACUGAUGUAUCUACGUCUGCCACGCAGGCAUCACCUAGCGCUGCCUCAGUCAGUACACCUCAACCGGUUGUUGCCACUUCCCAAGACCAGACUGACAGGCAGCCUUCCAGCACUGCAGCUGUGCCCCCCGUACGAACAGACGGAUUCCGUGGCAGUGAUACAGACCCUGUGCGGCGUACGACACUGCCAAUGUCUACUGCAUCUAUAACCGUCGCCACUGAGGCGGCAUCAGCUACACCAAGCAAAGCCACAGGAGCUAUCAUCAUCGGUGUUGUCGUAGCAGUGGUUGCAUUAAUCCUGCUGGUUGUCAUAGUGAUCAUACUGGUUCGCACCCGUCAAAAGUCUGCUGCCAAAAGCCCAACCACUCAACCAUCCAGCGUUGCCCUGGUGACGAGUGGGUCGCCCGACUCUCUUGUCACCCACGACAACAGAUUCAACAACCCUACGUACGAUGGCCGUGAUCUCACUCUGCAGACCAGCGAGCCACCAAAUGGAAAAGCUCAUCAGAAUGGCGGUGCCCAUGGUGCAGUACAGAGUCCUGCGCAACCACCGCCGACAUUGCCGACCAUCAGUGCAGCCAAGACUGUAAGCAGUGGACUGGUGUCUCGCCAGCGCUCUCCCAGCAUUGGAUCGGACUACGAUGAACCAGAGAGUCAUGCUGUUCGCCAGAAUGCAUUCUAUUGUCAAGCGGAUCCUAAGAGUCGUCCAACAUCGCAGCGCAUCUCCCAGAAAGGAUUAUCAACACUACCCCGUUACGAUCAUCUCAUGCAUGAGGACAUCAACCCGGAGGUAUACAGCCAGCCGUUCCAGGAGCCAGGAAACACGCCCGCUGCUAUCUACAACCAGCUGAGCGGUCAGGCGUAUCGGCACAUCCCCAGUGUUCAUGUUAUUAUGCAUGAGAAGGUCGGAGCUGGGUCGUUUGGUGUUGUCUACCGGGGUACUUGGAAAAUGCCUAACGGAACACAAAUUGACACGGCGAUCAAACAGCUGAGACCCAAUGCGUCCGAAGACAUGCGCAUGAAACUGCUGCAGGAGGCGGCAAUCAUGGGGCAGUUCAACCAUCGGCACGUCGUCAAGCUCUACGGUGUUGUGUCAGAUGGACCUGACACUCUGAUGAUCGUGGAGCUGAUGGGCGAAGAUCUGAAAACGUACCUGGUGAACUUGCGAUCCAAAGGGCCGCAAGCUGCAUCGGAGAAGGAGUACCUAGGAUUUGCUCGUGACAUAGCGGAUGGUAUGCUCUACCUCAGCUCAAGGGGCUUUGUACACAGGGACCUGGCGGCUCGUAAUGUUAUGCUGGAUGCUCGUAGGACGUGCAAAAUUGGUGAUUUUGGAAUGAGUCGCGACCUUGAAGACAACAACUACUACACGUCAGCUGGUGGUGCCAUACCGGUGAAGUGGACAGCCCCGGAGGCUAUACAUUUUCGCCAGUACAGUCACUCGAGUGAUGUGUGGAGCUAUGGCAUUGUGCUAUACGAGAUAUUCACGAUGGGACGCAAGCCCUACGCAGGCUGGCCGAAUGAUGAGGUAAGCAAAGGAGCUGAAUACUGACUACAUCAUUCUUAU